AUGUCAUUCAAUAUCAAUUGGAGUGAAAUAGGCAGUGAUGCUAGCAUUAGUGAGGCUGUCAAAGAUCAUUUGAGCUCAUACCUACAGAAUGUCUCACUCCCGAGCUUUGUUAACAACUUGAAGAUCACGGAUUUUUCCUUUGGAGCCAUUGCACCAACGAUAAUACUGAAGGAGAUUACAGAUCCCUUACCUGACUUCUAUGAGUCUGUCAAUGAGGGUUUAGUCGAAGGAGAUGAGGGCUGGACGAUACCUUCGCCGAGUGACACACAAUUCCUCAUAGAAGUGGAAUAUAAAGGUGAUCUUUUUGUUACGAUGUCUGGGGAGCUAGUAUUGAAUUAUCCAAGUCAAGAGUUUAUUAAAUUGCCUAUUAAACUAGCUGUAACGAAUAUAGGCUUCCAUUCUUUGUGUUUAGUGGCAUAUUUGGCCAAGCAGAUUUUCGUUAGUAUAUUAUGUGAUGUUAGUGACCCUAUUCUAGAUGAGCAGAACUCAGAACCGCUACUAGAUCCGAAUGGGACGUUCAUGGCACCAAAGAAGCCUUUUGAAAGAAUAUCUAUCAUAAGAAGUAUGAACAUUGACACAGAAAUCGGUCAGCAAUAUCAAGGUGAAGGAUCUACGUUGAAGAAUGUGGGUAAACUAGAGCAAUUUCUCUUGGAAAAAUUCAAGGAUUUAUUAAGAAAGGAAAUUGCAUGGCCAAGCUGGAUAAAUCUUGAUUUGAGUGGUGAUAAUAAUGAAGAAGAGUCCAUUGGGGGAGAGGAAGAAGAAGGAACGGGAGAUGAAAUACAAAGUGAUGGAGGGAGUGAUGAAACUUCCAUUAGUUGA